AUGACCACCAUAUUUUCCGCCAGUGGCGGCAGGAUGCGGACGCGAAGUCAGGCUCAGGUUUCAGAUAAACGAAGCGCCGACGAACUCGAGGGCGCACCAUUCAAUACAGCCAAGAGGUCGAAGACUUGUGGUGGACGUCGUCAGGUGCUGCAGCCGAUCAGUAUCAAGGAAGAAGUCAAAGAAGACGCGAGUAUCAAAUCAGAGUCGGCUUCGCCAGUCCGUUUGACUUUGCGCAACACUCAAGCCAUGAGCCGCCGCCGUGAUCCCCAAGCCUGGGACGACGGCAUGCAUCUGCCACCCUCUCCACCAUAUCCCUCUACCACCAAUCAGUCCUCAUCUCCAGCCGGACGGUUGGCUUCAAGGCUUACAGCCAAGCUUCGUAGUCGAAAAGCUCGGACUGAGAUAGGCAUCGCUCCGAAGAUUGAGAACAGCUCUAGAACAAGACAAGAGGAUGAAGUUACCGCCCGAGGAGUUUCCGGUCGUCAGGGUUCCACAGCCGCACCAUCCAUCACUGUGCUGCGCCAAGAGGAGCAGAGACGGGAGGAAGACCUCAAAAUCCUGCGAGAACAGAUUGCUAGCCACUAUCCAUCAUCUGGCUCCUGGAGUGACGGUUAUGUUGCUAAUUCCGAGCUUGAAAGCGAGGAUGGCAGUUCCUCUGGAGAAGAUGAUACCGGAUCUCGCAGCAACGAUACCAAGUCCAUCCAAGAGCGCUCGUCGGAUAUUAAUGACAGUGAAGAUAGCGAGCAUGUCGACAAUGACAGCAAAGACUCUUCAUCUGACAGUGACGACACCGAAAGUGACGAAGAUGAGAACGAGGCUUUGGUCCGCGUGCGCUCUCGCCUGAGACUGGCAAUGUGUCGAGUGGCAUCUCCGGUUCCCAAGGAGGAAGAUGGCGAUACAACUGAUAGCAAAGAUGAAGAUGAGCAUGACGCUGCUCCUUCACCUGCAAAGAUCGAAACAGAUGAUCAUGUUAUCAAAUCUUCCUUUUCGGUCGCCUCCUCUUCUGCUGUGUGUUCCACGUGCGGCGACUCUGAAGCCUCCGAGGAUGAUGACUCCGAGAGCCACGCCGACAACGUCCCCAUCGACAUCGAGUCCAACAUACCUAUCUACAACGACGAAGAGGACGCCCACACCCGCCUCAACGAGGCACUACGACGGGCCCCCGCCCCGUCUCCCCUAAGCGAGCACCACACUGCAGUCAACCAGUCCAUCCACAACGAAGUGCAAUUGCAGUCCCCUGCACACAUCAUUCAGCGCCGGCAGCAGCAGGACGGUGUUAUCAACCAAGACGAGGACUUGAAUGCCGCCCGCUUUCAAUCAUCUUCGCCCCCGCGCGCUUACGACUACGACGAGUACCGCCUUCGCGCCCGCUACCUGGAGCAGUUCAAGGGGAUGACGGCCGCGCAGCUCGACGAGGCCGGCCGGGACUUGGACUACGUGGCGCGCAAGCUCAACUCGAAGCGGAGCGCGUACGAGAUGGCGCUGCAUGAGAGGGCUUUCCCCCGUUACUAG